UAAAGAUAGUAGAAUCCAAGCAAGCAGCAAAGGGCAAAGCAAAAUGUCUUGCCCCACUCUUUAUCAUCACAUCCACCAUGGUUGUACUCAAACACAUGGAACCCAUCUCACUCCAACUCAAACCUCUCCCACAAUGGAAGAUGAGUCACCAACACCUCCAAAAUCCUACAAACUAACAGCCACCGCCAUAUCCUACACCAAGUCCUUCUUCAAACACUGCACCACCACCCCUCCAACCUACAUCCUCAAAGACAUCUCCCUAACAGCCCUUCCGGGCCAAAUCCUGGCCGUGGUGGGCCCCAGCGGCGCCGGCAAGUCCACCCUCCUCGACAUCCUCGCCGCCCGCACCCUCCCCUCCCACGGCACUCUCUCCCUCAACGCCGCCCCCCUCCUCCCCUCCACCUUCCGCAAACUCUCCGCCUACGUCCCCCAGCACGACCACUCCCUCCCUCUCCUCACCGUCCGCGAAACCUUCCUCUUCGCCGCCACCCUCCUCCACCCCAAAACCCUAAACCUCUCCUCCCUCGUCUCCUCCCUCCUCUCCCAGCUCAGCCUCUCCCACCUCGCCAACACCCGCCUCGCCCACGCCCUCUCGGGAGGCGAACGCCGCCGCGUCUCCAUCGGCCUCAGCCUCCUCCAUGACCCCGCCGUCCUCCUCCUCGACGAGCCCACCUCUGGCCUCGACAGCACUUCAGCCUUCAAAGUCAUGCAAAUCCUCAAACAAACUUCCGUCUCUCGCAACAGAACCAUUAUCCUCUCUAUUCACCAACCUAGCUUCAAGAUCCUCUCAUGCAUUGACAACAUCUUGUUGCUUUCCAAAGGAAGCGUCGUUCACCACGGAUCCGUUGCUUCCUUACAGGCCUUUCUGCACUCCUAUGGCUUCACCGUCCCUCACCAACUCAACGCCUUGGAAUACGCCAUGGAGAUAUUGAGCCAGUUGAAUGAUGUCAAAAAAGUUCAACCUGUCAUCACUCCACCCAGCCUUCCUGAAUCCCCUCAAAGCUCAACUUCCAGUAAUUCUAGUGUUUGUGACGGUCGAGUAGAGAUCAGGUUUAAGAGUUCUAGGGUGCAUGAGAUUUUCACUCUUUACAUUAGGUUUUGGAAGAUUAUUUACCGAACGAGGCAACUUCUUUUGACCAACACUUUGGAAGCCCUUCUCGUGGGGCUUGUGUUGGGAACUAUUUAUAUCAACAUAGGGUUUGGUAAAGAAGGGAUUGAGAAAAGGUUUGGUCUCUUUGCCUUCACUCUCACCUUUCUCUUAUCUUCCACCACUGAAACGCUUCCCAUCUUCAUCAACGAGAGGCCAAUCUUGCUCAGAGAAACUUCCAGUGGGGUUUACAGGCUUUCGUCUUACCUCAUUGCAAACACACUUGUUUUCUUGCCCUACUUGUUCGUCGUUGCUGUUAUAUACUCUAUCCCCGUUUACUUCCUUGUUGGUCUUUGUGCUUCGUGGCUUUCUUUUGUUUACUUUGUUUUGGUUAUUUGGGUCAUUGUUCUCACUGCAAACUCGUUCGUUCUCUUCUUGAGCUCUCUUGCACCAAACUACAUUGCUGGGACUUCGCUCUUGACGGUGCUUCUUGCUGCGUUUUUUCUCUUCUCGGGCUACUUUAUCUCCAAGGAUAGCUUGCCCAAGUACUGGCUCUUCAUGCACUUUUUCUCUAUGUAUAAAUACGCUCUGGAUGCUCUUCUCAUCAACGAGUACUCGUGCUUGGCCACACGCUGUUUAAUAUGGUACCAAGAGAAUCAACUGUGCAUGGUUACCGGUGGUGAUGUGUUGCAGAAGAAAGGGCUCAGAGAGAGUCAGAGGUGGACCAACGUGUAUUUCUUGAUCGGAUUCUUCGUGAUGUAUCGUGUCCUUUGCCUCUUGGUUUUGAUUAGGAGGGUUUCGAGGUCCAAAACUUAGAAAGGGUGAUCAAACGCAGAAAAUUUUAAGUGCUGUUGUGUUUUAUUUCAUUUUCUUUUUUUUAUAAAUUUUUAUCUUCCUGUUGUAUGAUCCAACUGCUUUUGUUUUAUUUGAUUUCUAUGAAGUAUAUAAUCUGAAAUACAGCCACAGAGAAAGUUUGUUUAAUAGAUAUGAAGUGGACUUUUCGUUCUGCUUUGAA